GGGAAACAUGGCUGGGACCAGAUCAUGCCUUUUGAAGACUGAAUUUGGGAAGCUUAUCCAUGUUUUUAUCAUGUCUCAGGUAGCUUAUUGCAAUGCUCUUUCAAUAAGGAUAACCUUUAAGCUUUUGGUAAGCUUCAGUUGGCUCAAUUCCGAAUUGUUUCAAGCAUCAAUUGCAAAGCUAAUUGUGUGUGUGUGUUUGGGGAGAAAAAGGGGUUGCCUUCAAGAGAGGUCUGAUCAGAAUGUGGAACAUACAGCGGGACAAAAUUUACUCCUCCAAUAAGUAGGCCUGAAUUGAGCCCCAGGAGAGAUGAGUGGAGAGAUAUCAUGACAGAUUUAGGGUCCUGUAUUAGUAUGCAUAAGAUGCUGGACAGGACUGCCCUAUUUACAAGUACAUAUAAGCUGUUAGACUGAGAAUGCAAGCUAAACCAGAAUUCACUGUUUUUUAAAACACUGACUUCAGGAUUUUAGGAUCACACAGCUAGCUAUCAAGCAUUAAAUUAGUGGACUUCAUCUGAUUCUGAUACAGGACUGCACACUGUUGUAGGUGGCAGUACAAAAGAACAUCCUUCUCUAGGACUUUGGAAUGAUCUGUGUUCAUAGAUUGAUAUGCAGAUUUGAUGCAGGUUGUUACAAUGCAGCUUUAGACCAACUUAUUUUCCAUUGUAGUUUUGGUUAAUAAUCUUUAAUUGUGUUGUUGCUCUCAAAUUAUGACUGAGUGCAUGAAUCAUAACCUUCAGUGAGCCAAAUAAUAUUUCAGUAUUUUGAUACGAAAAAGUCCUGGUCCCAUGCCAUCUGCAGAAUGUGGUUUACACUUCUUUCAAAGACCUUGUCUAAAUGCCGCUUGGAAUUAUUGCACCAGCUAGUGGAAAAGAUCAAAAUUGCUGAAGCUGAGACACUGACCGGAACAAAACCUCAGUUAGUGUGGCCUUUGUGCAGGAGGUGCAAGAGACGUCCCUGAAAAUGGAAAGCAAAACCUCCACUGAAAUUCUGAAAUCUGAGGGAGCAUCCAUCCUUAAAGAAGAGGCAAUCGCAGAAAGAAAAUGGGUGAAGCUUGAACAGACGACCUACAUUGAUCCCUCGGGCAAAACCAGAAUUUGGGAAACAGUGAAGCGUACUACCAGGAAAGAGGGAAGUUCAGCUGAUGGUGUAUCAGUUAUACCUGUGUUACUAAGAACUCUCCACUAUGAUUGCAUUGUCCUAGUGAAACAAUUCAGGCCUCCAAUGGGAGGAUAUUGUUUGGAAUUCCCUGCAGCUGUUUGCUUGGACCCUGGUUUGACGAACUGCACAACACACAUUGUGACUGUCACCAUUAAUGGAGAUGAUGCCUGUAAUACAAGACCCAAGCCAAAGCCUGAGGAAGGAGAAUUUGUAGAAGUUGUUUCACUGCCAAAGAAUGAUCUACUGCAGAGAAUUGAGGAGCUAGUGGCAGGAGAGCACAUUUUAGUGGAUGCCAGAGUUUACGCAUAUGCAUUGGCACUGAAACAUGCAACAGAAAAACCCCUCCAAGUGCCUUUUAUGAAGUUCUAAGGCUACAUAUGUAACCUCAUUGAAUACUUCCAGGAUGGAGUAAGAUGGUCAGUGUAGACGUGGAAGCUGUAUCUUUUCAUACAAUAAUGGUCCUAUAGAUUACACACAGUAUUAAGCAAUCAUAUUUCUAGGAAUGAUUGCUUGAACUAUUUGUACUGUAUAAAGCUUUUCUCUUAACUGUUCAACCUCAGACUCCAAAUGGAAUUUUAUCCUUUGUGGAAAAAUAAAAAGAAUCAUGGCCUGUUAA